AGUCACGUCAACAAUCAAAACGAAAACUGUCAAAUGUCAAAAUAUGUAUUAUCACAGGUAUUAUGAAUGGCGGUGGCUUGCCGAUUUUUAUUAGUACUUAUUUAAAUAAAAAUUAAUUUACAAAUAAAUGCAUAUGAAUAUGCUAGUGUAGUGUGGAGCCCCAUAGCAACUGCAGUUCAUAAUUAAUAGAGAGUGGUAUUACAAAAACCUAUAAACAUGGAUGACCAACAGAAUAUGCCGCCUCCUCAAAUGUUUCCCAAUCGGGAAAUGCUCCAAAUGCCUCCACCAGAUAUGAUGCAGGCGCCUCCGCCUAGUGGUGGUGCUAUGGGCCCUCCUCCAAACAGCAUGGGGCCACCACCAGGUCCUCCGCCAAGUUUUGGCCCGCCAGGUAAUAUGGGACCUCCACCUCCUAUAAUGCAACAGGCACCAGAAAAACAAUUACCAUCACUGUUGACUCUCAAAGUCGAUCCUCCAGAACAGCUUAUGGAGAACUCGUCAGAUGUAGUACUACCACAAGUGCUGGAAGAUGUUUUAGCAUUGAAGAAUCAAAGGGCAUUAGAACUUGGCACUGAGGAAACUACAAAUGAAACUCCAAGUAAUAAAAAAUCUAGUGAACCAGAGAGAGAUUUGGAUCCUGUCAUUGAUACAGAAAUAGAGAUUGAACCAGAACCAAUGACUAACCAGCAAAAAGAAAAGGAGAAAGAUAGGAUUAGUAGAAAUAAGAAAAAGAAGAAGAGGAAGAAAGACAGAAAACUUAACAAAAACGAACAGAAGGAGAAUGAGAAGAAAGAUGAAGUGAAGGAAAAUGGUGUAGCUGAAACAACUGCAGAGGAAAAGGAUGAUGUAGAAAUUGAGUAUGUUCAAGAGACGAUUGGUCUACACGAGCUGGCCCCUCAGUACCGGCAGUUUUAUAGCAUCUUCGAGUCAUUCAAGAUAUCCGAACAGAAGGCAGACAUUGCACCUCCCACCUUAGUCCUCCCCACUUCCCUCUCCAGCAGAGCAACGAACAAUGAAGAUGGAAUGGAAGAAAGUGACGAACCUGAAGAGAAGAAGGCGGAUGAUAAAACGAAAAUGUCCAAAAGGAAGAUGAAGAAGUUGACGAGAUUGAGCGUAGCUGAGUUGAAACAGUUGGUCAGCAGACCUGAUGUAGUCGAGAUGCAUGAUGUCACUGCCAGAGAUCCAAAGUUGUUGGUACAGUUGAAGGCUCAUCGAAAUACUGUACAGGUUCCAAGACACUGGUGCUUCAAACGUAAAUAUCUCCAAGGAAAAAGGGGUAUUGAGAAACCUCCAUUUAGCUUACCAGAUUUUAUAAAGAAAACUGGAAUCAUGGAAAUGAGAGCCUCGUUGCAGGAGAAGGAUGAAUCCAAAACCCUUAAAGCCAAAAUGAGAGAAAGGGCUAGACCCAAGCUAGGAAAAAUUGAUAUCGAUUACCAAAAACUACACGAUGCAUUUUUCAAAUGGCAGACCAAACCGAAAAUGACAAUCCAUGGUGAUUUGUACUAUGAAGGAAAAGAGUUUGAAACUCGUCUCAAAGAAAAGAAACCGGGAGAUUUAACCGAAGAAUUGCGUACAGCUCUUGGCAUGCCAGUUGGACCAAAUGCUAACAAAGUUCCUCCACCAUGGCUGAUUGCUAUGCAGCGUUACGGACCGCCUCCUAGUUAUCCCAAUCUCAAAAUUCCUGGUCUAAAUGCGCCUAUUCCGGAAGGAUGCUCCUUUGGCUACCACGCUGGUGGCUGGGGAAAACCUCCUGUAGAUGAAAAUGGAAAGCCUCUCUACGGGGAUGUUUUUGGUACACAUACCAGUCACAUUGACGAUGUCGGAGAAGAUCCAAACGUGGACAGAACCCUGUGGGGUGAACUAGAGUCUGAAUCAGAAGAAGAAAGUGAGGAAGAAGAGGAGGAGGAAGAACAGGAAAGUAUUGCUCCUCCAGAUGAAUCCGGCUUGGUCACCCCAGCUGAGGGUUUGGUCACACCCAGCGGACUGACGAGUAUACCAGCUGGUAUGGAAACGCCAGAGACUAUCGAACUCAGGAAGAAGAAGAUUGAAAAUGAAAUGGAAGGCGGUGAGACUCCAGUGCUUUACCACGUGAUCCCCGAGAAGCGUACCGACCGCAUCGGCAACGCUAUGAUGGGCAGCAGCCACGUGUACGACAUGAGCGCCGUUCAGACCCAAGCUGGGGCGAUUGCGGCCAAAAAGGGGCCCGAUCACAGGGAAGGAAUGGUCGAGUUGGCGCUCGACCCGUCCGAGCUCGAUUUGGAUAGCGACGCUAUGGCUGUGAGGUAAGUUUCAACAACUACAGGACGGGCGAAGGUCCGGUAUUUAAUGUGCAUGAGAGAGAUGGAAAGGGAAACACGUAUGUUAGAUAAACAGAGAAGAAGGAUGAGUCUAUGACGUUGUUAUGCAUCAGCAGUUGGCGAAACCGCUGUUGGGAAGUGCCUACGGUGGAAGCGACGUGUAAUCGGAAGUUUAUGGUAUUUAAUAGGGAGUGACAUCUAGAUGAAGAAUAAUUCGUCAAGUCACCGUUCUCUUUUGUCAUAGUGAUAGUUUGUAGGUCUGUCAGGUUUAGUCACCCAGAAACCAGACAAAAAUAAACAGGAAAAGAAAAAAAUAAGCAAUAUAGCAAAGAGGAAGAAGAGAAUCUUUUAGGACAGGAAGCGUUAAAGCGUUGUAGAAAUUACUCUACAAAUUUUAUAUGGUUGAAAGUAUGUUGAUUGCAGUGCGAGCCACGGCUAUUUGCAUACUUGCUCGACUGUAUAGCACACUGAUUUAAUGAUUAGUUUUGCCAACUGAAUUUGACUGUUACAAACUGUUCGAAAAACAU